ACCUCACACCAAACACACAAAAAUCACUCACAAAACAAAAACCCUGUAAAAAAAAUCAUACACCCAUUAAAAUCUAACCAUUCAUCUUGAAAAAACUUUCAAUUGGGUAGAAGAAAGUCUCAACUUUUUUUUCUUGAACGAAAAGACAAAGAUCUGACGAGUAGUUGAAAAUUAGAGAAAGAUGUGUGGUGGUGCUAUUAUCUCCGAUUUCAUUCCGGCUGCUGCGGCGGUGGGAGGCUCCCGGCGUGUUACUGCUGAUAUCUUGUGGCCGAAUUUGAGGAAACAAGGUUCGAGGAAACCGUUUUUGUUGGACGAUGAUUUCGAGGCUGGUUUUAGAGAGUUUAAGGAUGAUUCUGAUUUCGAUGAAGACGAGGAAGAUGAUGAUGAUGAUGAAGGCUUGUUGGUCGGUGGUAAAGGAUUUACCUUUUCUUCAAACAACACCAAGUCUUUCAAAACUUUCUCUCGUGGAUCAACUGCUGCAAAAUCCGUGUCACCGAAAUCAAAUGAGCAAGCUGAAAAGGAAUGUAAGAGAAAGAGGAAGAAUCAAUAUAGGGGUAUCCGCCAACGUCCAUGGGGAAAAUGGGCAGCUGAGAUCCGCGACCCAAGGAAGGGAGUUCGUGUCUGGCUUGGAACUUUCAACACUGCUGAAGAAGCUGCAAGAGCUUACGAUGCUGAAGCUAGAAGAAUCCGUGGCAAGAAAGCCAAGGUGAAUUUUCCCGAGGAAGCUCCAGUUACUUCCUCAAAACGAUUCAAGCCAAAUGUCGAGAAUAAGCUGGUGAAUAAAAAUCUGAACUCUUUCAAGCCUAAUGGGAACAGAAUGUUCAACUUCGGCGAAAAUGUGGAGAACUACUAUUCUCCUAUGGAUCAGGUGGAACAGAAACCACUGGUGAACAAUAACAACCAGUAUGCCAACAUGGGACCGUUCUCGGGAAACGGUGUUCAGCACUCACAGAUUUCUCCAUCUGCUGAUGUUACCGCUUACUUCAGUUCAGAACAUUCGAGCAAUUCGUUUGAUUAUUCUGAUCUUGGUUGGGGCGAACAAGGCCCGAAAACUCCCGAGAUUUCAUCCAUGCUUUCUGCUGCUGCUCCUCUCGAAAGCGAAUCUCAGUAUGUGCAGAACAAUAUGCAGUCUAACAACAAUCAGAAUAUGCUACCUGUGCAAGAUAAUUCUGCAAAGACACUCUCUGAGGAGCUUGCAGAUAUCGAAUCCCAGCUGAAGUUCUUCGAAACCCCUUAUGAUGACAACUGGGGUGACGCAUCAUUGGCAUCUUUCCUCGGUGGAGAUGCAACUCAAGACGGUGGAAACCCGAUGAACCUUUGGAGUUUUGAUGACUUGCCUUCCAUUUCCGGCGGUGUUUUCUGAACAGCCUUCGCGUCACCGAUUAUGUAAAUAAAGCUACAAGAUUGUUGGUUUUUUUUUAUUAUUGUUGAUGGAAUGAGGACAGGAACAAGUUACCAGCUUUAAGUAAAGCAUGGAGUUUAUUCUCUUGUGGCAAAAUAAAUUAUAUAGGUUUUUUUUAGGUAUCCUUUGUCUUAUCAAAAACCCUUUUGAGGAUUUUAAGUUUGAUGUUCAUAAGGAUUAUGUUAUGGAUGAUUUAAUUGUAAACUUUCUUGGUUUUCUUUGUGGCAAUUUUAUCAUGACUCAUAAUUUUUUUCUCCCUUUGUUUGCUGGGAUCAUUUUAUAUGUAACAUGAAUGAUUUUGCUUUUU